ACACAUCAAGGAAAUUGUUCUAUUUUAGUUUCACGUUCUCAUUGUUGGACGGGAGGGGAUAAUUCACCCACAAAUAAUAAUUCUGUCAUUAUUUACUCACUCUUAUGUUGUCCAAACCUGUUUUUUUUCUUGUAGAACACAAAAGAAGAUCAUCUUUUGUAUUCUGAAGAAAAAAUGCAUAGACAUUUGGAAUGACAUGAGGGUGAGAGAAUGCUAACAGAGAUUUCAAGAUCAGGAACCCUUUAAAAAUAAUGUUCAGGCAAUCAUAAAUAUGUAAUUGCAUCUGUUUGUGUGCCUUGGCUGGCUUCGGUCACAGUUCCAUGAAGCUAAGAUACAUGUUGUGAGGAACGUGAUCAGGUUUGUCUUCAUGACCUUCAUUUCUCACUAUUUUCUUUCCCCCAGUUUCUCCCCUCAGAACUUUGCUUUGCUUCAUCUUCUCUCAUUGUCUUUCGCCUCUUCUUGCCACAAUCCCUUUUGCUCUCCUGGUUUCCAAAACGAGGGAAAAGGCAGACAGUGGUAUGUUUCUGAUCUUCCAAAGAGCCACAGAGAGGCCAUAAUGCUAGAGGUCACAUGAUCACAGGACAAACCCAUAAAAAGUCCAUUAAGCAUGGAGGCCUAAGUGCUGUGUUGUUAUCUAGUUGGCAGGUCUUACAAACAGAGGACCAUGGGGUAGUUAGACUUCAGACAGACCAAAACCCGGAAUCCCAUUCAGGUCCCACACAUUUAAAGCAUCACAUUCUCUGGUCCUUGAAAAAAAUCUUUUCUCAGAGAUCGGCGUUAUCUCCAGUUUGGACGUUUAUCAGCUCCUUUGCAUAUCACGUGCCUCCGCUCGUCCAAUAAUAGUUGGAUCUUGACGCACACGGGACGCUUGGGUAUCUGUUACUCCACUGCUUCUCUUUCAGUCUUGGGGAAUUCUAAAAGAGCUGGUAAGGCUCCAUGUAGGGCGUGCUAUGACAGGGUCUUUACUCCUCCAUUCCCGCUGGAUUGACCCGGUGCUGUUUCUCUAUGACAACGGCUUGGAUGAUAUGAGCAAAAACAUGGAAGGGUUUGUGGGAGGCAAUUUCGCUGCUAACCAGUGCAGGAACCUUAUUGCUCACCCGUCUUCUUUGGCCCCGAGCACAACCUACACGUCGAGUGAGGUGCCAGGACCGGGCAUGGGGGAACCUGUCAAACAAUGCAGUCCGUGUUCAGCCGUACAUAAUUCUCCCAGUGCUUCUUUACCCUAUGGAUAUUUUGGCGGAAGUUACUACCAGUGCAGGAUGCCAAAGACCUGCACGCAGCCCACCUCCUAUGGGGAAAAAUACAUGGACACGUCUGUUUCUGGAGAGGAGUUCCCUUCUCGUGCUAAGGAAUUUGCCUUCUACCAGGGUUACUCGUCUGGCCAUUACCAGCCUGUACCGAGUUAUCUCGAUGUGCCAGUAGUACCUGCGCUAAGCACCUCUGCGGAACCCAGACACGAGUCUCUUCUGCCCGUUGAACCGUACCAGCCCUGGGCGAUCACGAACGGAUGGAGCAGUCCGGUGUACUGCCCUAAAGACCAAACGCAGUCAAACACCUUAUGGAAGUCGUCUAUUCAAGAUACUGUGUCGGGUACCGAUGGAGCCUUAGUGCGUCGAGGGAGAAAGAAGCGGGUUCCCUACACCAAGGUUCAAUUGAAGGAUUUAGAACGAGAAUACGCCACAAAUAAAUUCAUUACUAAGGACAAACGAAGAAGGAUAUCUGCUCACACAAACCUGACCGAGCGACAAGUGACCAUCUGGUUUCAAAACAGGCGGGUGAAAGAGAAGAAAGUGGUCAACAAGUACAAGGGCAUCAGUUAAGGUCUGAAAGAAUGAAAAACUGAAAUACCAAAGGGGUGUAAAUGGAAGGACGUUCAACAUUAUUUAUUCUGAAAUCCAUUCCAUCAUCUUCUGUUCCACGUCAAGAAACUAUGCGGAGAUGCGCAGGAGGGAAAUUUUACUUCCCUGUGUCUAUUACCAAGAUACUGACACUGAAGAUACUGCUCAAGAACAAUGUACCCAUAUUCACCACUUCAUUUUUUAUUCUUUUUAAUCUAUAACGUAUUUGACAAAGGCGUGGGAGGAAUGUAAAUUGUUUUUUUAUUCAACAAAGAAAAUCAGUGAAGUAAACAGACAAAACCUUGGC